CUCUCGACCAACCUCCGUCCGCCAUUCACCCCGCCUCAGGCCCCAGCCGCCUCCAGCGCCGUAUCCCGCCCACGCCGGGGCGACAUGGCCUCGCUGGCCUCCCUCUUCCCGCGUCGCACCGCCGUCCUCUUUGGCGUGCCCGGCCUCGGCGUCCCGAGCGACUGCGCCCGGCUCGCCCGGCGGACGGCGGCGCGCUGCGACGCCCUCGCCGCCGCGGUCAUCUCGGCUCACCGCUCGGGCGGGCCCGCGGCGCCACGGCGCAUCGUGCGUGGCCUCGACGCCCUCUCGAGCACCGUCUGCGGGCUGGUCGACCCGCUCGAGCUGGCGCGCUCCGCCCACCCGGAGGAGGAGAUGGUGCGGGCCGCCGACGCGGCCCAUGGCGAGCUGUGCGAGACGCUCCACCGACUCAACACCUCGGCGGAGCUGCACGCGGCUGCUGCCGCAGCGGCACGUGGUGCAAGCGCCCUCUCCACCGGCGGAGGCAGCGACCGGGGCUGCGGAGAGAGCGACCCGGGCUGUGGCGCGGACGAGGCUCCGCUGUGCGAGGCCGAGGCGAGGCUGGCUCGGGCCUUCGUCUCCGAGUUUGAGCAGGACGGCGCGCACCUCCCGGCGCCGCAGCGCUCGCGGCUAGAGGCGCUGCAUGCCGAGGCAGCCACCGCCGCCUCUCGCUUCGCCGCCGCCGCCGCCGCGCCGCCCUCCCGAGGCUCGGAGGGCGUCUGGCUGCCCGCCUCGGCGCUGCGCGCGGCGCCGGCGAGGCUGACGCACAGGCUGCGGGUGGGCAUGUCGAGCCGAGGGGAGGCGCAGCUCCUCGUCCCGCCGCAGCAGCACGCCCUCACCGAGGCACUCCGCCACUGCUGCUGCGCCCAGUCGCGCCGCGACCUCGCCUCCGCCCGCGCCGCCCUCGGCGCCGCCUCCCUGGCCGCGAUGGGCGAGAUGCUCUCCGCCCGCGCCCGCCUCGCCACGGCCGCCGGCCACGCCUCGCGCCGGCCGGUCGGGCACGCCCUCCACGCCUUGCUCUCGCGCGCCCCGCUGCAGCUCGACGCCGUGCAAGCGAUGCUCGACCUGGAGCUGCACCGCAGCCCCUCGCCGCCCUCGCAGGAGGAGGCGGCGGCGCUGGUCACCUCCCUCCACGCGAAGCACACCGCCGUUCCGCUGCCGUCCGCCGCUGCCGCGGAGGCGGGCGCGCGGCUCGGCUCGUUUGGCCACCUGGCGAGCUACGGUGGCCACUAUUACGCCUACCUGUACGCUCGCUCCGUGGCCGCGCGCGUGUGGCGUGGGGCGGGCUUCGCGCACGACGCCCUCGGGGGCGCCGCUGGCCGCGCGUGGUGCGCCGAAGUGCUUCACCACGGCGGGUCGAGGGACCCGCGGCAGCUGCUGCGGUCGCUGCUGCGGUCGUCGCCUUGCGGGGAGACGAGCGGCGCGGCGAGCGGCGCCGUCGCGGCGGAGGGGUCGGCGGCGAGCUCGGAAGAGGUCGUGGAGCAGGCUUUGCUGAGGCUAGUGCGGCUAGAAACUGAAGCGUAGGCCGUCGCGUGUGUGUAUCCGUUGUAUGUGGCUCGCCGACGCCGUUUUUGUGGCUGUGUGCCAUCACUCAGAAGUGGGACAGAUUAUGUGCGAAAAAAGACAAUUUUGUAAAAAUGC